GACAAACACCAAAACACUGCGUCUGAUUCACCUCAGCUUGCAGAUAUCACAAGUCGCAAAGAUGGCUUCCCAACACAAGGUUCUCAUGCUUGGCGCUGGCUUCGUCACCCGCCCUACUCUCGACGUCCUCAGCGAAGCUGGCAUUCCCGUCACCGUCGCCUGCCGUACUCUUGCCUCUGCUCAGAAGCUCUCUGAGGGUGUCAAGAACGCCACCCCCAUCUCCCUCGAUGUCACCAACGAUGAGGCUCUCGAUGCUGAGGUCGCCAAGCAUGACCUUGUCAUCAGCUUGAUCCCUUAUACCUUCCAUGCCACCGUCAUUAAGUCGGCUAUUCGCCAGAAGAAGCACGUCGUUACCACUAGCUACGUCUCUCCCGCUAUGAUGGAGCUCGAUGCUGAGGCCAAGGCCGCCGGCAUUACCGUCAUGAACGAGAUUGGUCUCGAUCCCGGUAUCGACCACUUGUACGCCAUUAAGACCAUCGAUGAGGUCCACCAGGCCGGCGGCAAGAUUCUCUCUUUCCUGUCCUACUGCGGUGGUCUCCCCGCCCCCGAGGACUCCGACAACCCGCUCGGUUACAAGUUCUCCUGGUCUUCUCGCGGUGUCUUGCUCGCUCUCCGCAACGCGGGCAAGUGGUGGCAGGAUGGCAAGAUCGUCGAGGUUGAGGGCAAGGACCUCAUGAAGAUGGCCAAGCCCUACUUCAUCUACCCCGGCUACGCUUUCGUCGCCUACCCUAACCGCGACUCUACCAUUUACAAGGAGCGCUACAACAUUCCCGAGGCUCAGACCGUCAUUCGUGGCACUCUCCGUUACCAGGGCUUCCCUCAGUUCAUCAAGACUCUCGUCGACAUCGGUUUCCUUGACGACACUGCGCGCGAGAGCCUGAGCAAGCAGACCCCCUGGAAGGAGGCCACCAAGGAGAUCGUCGGUGCUGCUUCUUCCAGCCAGGCCGACCUCGAGGCCGCCAUCCUCUCCAAGGCCACCUUCGAGUCCGCCGAGGACCAGAAGCGUAUCCUCAGCGGGCUCCGCUGGAUCGGUCUCUUCUCUGAUGAGACCAUCACCCCCCGCGGCAACCCUCUCGACACCCUCUGCGCCACUCUUGAGCAGAAGAUGCAGUUCGAGGAGGGCGAGCGCGACUUGGUCAUGCUCCAGCACAAGUUCGAGAUUGAGCACGCCGAUGGCUCCCGCGAGACCCGCACCUCGACCCUCGUCGAGUACGGUGACCCCAAGGGCUACUCUGCCAUGGCCAAGACCGUCGGUGUUCCUUGCGCCGUCGCUGUUAAGCAGGUCCUGAGCGGCCAGAUCUCUGGCAAGGGCGUUCUGGCUCCUAUGAGCACCGACAUCACCGAGCCCUUGAUGAAGGAGCUCCACGAGAAGUACGGUAUUACCAUGAUCGAGAAGACCAUCUCCUAAGCUCAAUGCGAAAUUCUUGAUGGACUGGAAGAUGAUGAAGAGAAGAAGAGUACUCUUUGACUAGGACGCCGAGUUUAAAAUACCAUGAGCGAAGCAACUGGACGCAAAGGGGGUGUUUAUCCCCGAUCGGACAUGGAGUAGAUCGAAGGCUGUGCAAUGGCGGUGCUUCAGCGAAAUACAAAGAUACCAAAUAGAUCCAGGGUUGAAAAAAGGAGGAAAGGGGAGGGAACUCGCCCGGAAAGGUACAGAUGGCUCAUGAAGGUGGCAUGUCCAACCCCCCAGUUCAUGGGGAGGCAUGCCAUCAUACCGUAGUGGGCUAUGAGGGCAUGUAGGCAUGGAUUUAGGUAGUUGUACGAAUCGACACCGCAUGUUGAAGCCCUUAUGAAUUUCCGUCCCGCAAUGCGAAUUAUUUGUUCGAAUGA